ACCUACAGCUUUCAGCUUUUUUCCGCCUACGAUCAAACACACAGGAAGGACCCAGACAGUUGAGUUCUUAUCUCGAUAUGACUUCUUUUGCACAGUAGUGUACAGUGGUGGAGCAGGUUAAAAAAAAGUCUGACCGCUGUUUAGGUUUUUGUUACGCAGACUGUAAAUCCACAUAAAGAGCCUGCAGGUACCAUUCAGGAUAGAAAACAACCACAGAGCUGACUCUUUAUCGAUCAAAAUGAGGACCAUUUCUGUCUUCUACUGGCUUUUAUAUGCUACAUUGACAAAAGGAGCCGAAAUCAACGUAGAGGGAUUUGAGGGGGGAGAAGUCACGUUCAAGUGCUCGCACAAACUUGCAUGGAAGGACAAUAAGUAUUUCUGCAUCAGUCCAUGUAAAAGCGACAAAGACACACUGGCUACUGUAACAUCUGGUGGAAGAGCACAGUCAGGGAGGAUCACUCUGGUGGACUCGGGGGACAGCGCCUUUUCCGUGACCUUCAGUCAGCUCCGGCUGUCGGACUCAAAGGAAUACAUGUGUGCAGUGGAGAGGUUUGGUGUGAAUACAUAUACUUCAGUACAACUCACUGUGAAGAAAGCUGUUGUACAUGAGACAACUGUUGUUCCAGAUGUUUCUGCCACACGGACAAAUCAGAAUGUCACCAGUUCAACACAAUUAACAACUGAAACAGUCACCGUUUGGACUACAAACAUUUCAACAGCCUCAAACACCACUUAUCAAACAGAACAGAACAUCGGGAUAGGCACCAUCUUGUGCGCUACCGUCGGGGGCGUAGCUGUGAUCACUAUCUUGAUGCUCGUGACGUGCUGCAGGAAACGCAAAGAAAUUUCAAAACCUCAAGAGCGAGCUUCCUCCAACUGCAGGGAUGUCGACAAUGCACAUGAAAGUGAGUUCUUUCCCAUAUGGAGCCACGAUGCAGACAUGCAGAUAGACUUAGGUCCUAAGUGUUUAAAGCAGGUCGACUGUGAGUAUGACGACAUUGACGCAGUGGUCCAGUGUGCUAAAACGUUACCUGAGGUCAAAUCUGUCAGUGCUCAACACCCGAGACAGAAUCCACCAACAUCUGGAUCCAAAGCAGCUGAAUGUGGCAGACCCGUUCCAAUCUAUGAAAACGUCUCUUUCUCCAAAGGCCCUGCAGGUUCUGCCGUCCAAAACAACCCCGACAUUAACUCUGGGAUGUACGUCAAGCCUUUGCCGCCCAUAUUAUCUGAAAGACCAGCUGAUGGGUGUCCUAAAAAUCAAAAGCCCAGAUCGGUUUGGUUUGGUUUGGAUCUAACAGAAGUAAAUCACAGUUAAUCUCAAAAGCCGGAUUUUUAUGGACAUUGAUGGACAGCUGAAGUUCUCCAGUUAUGAACAACAUCUUCAACAUUAUUAUUAUAAGCUUGUACACUAUGAUCGGCUGUUUAGAUAUUACCGUGUGUGUGUGUGUGUGUGUGUGUGUGUGUGUUCACAGUUCUGGUUAAGAUCUGGUGGAACAGUUGGGAUCCAGUGCAUGAUGCAGGCUACACAAUGUUCUGCGUUGGCAAUAACAAGUCUUUGUAUUUGUGUGACUGUGUUUGCAGUUACUACAAGCUUUAGAGUAUCUAUCAGAUUUUGGCUCCUCCUAGUGGUCAUAUCAAUAAGGACACUGUGGCAGACAGCACUGCAUAUCGAUAAAAAUGAAUCCAAAAAAAGACCUUCUUACACACUGUUGUGAAACAUAUUAGUUUGCAAUAUGUGACAAACUUACACUGAUGUCUAAUUAACGAUGAAGUGUAAAGAAAGGGACUGUUGAUUUGGGAUUAUUUGUUUAGAUGGUGUAAGAAGAGACGUACUGGCUUCAUGAAUUUUGAUUUGACAUACUGUCAAAAACAUCUGUGAUUCUAUGUAUUUCUGUAGUUUUUUGUAUUUGUCUUUUGUCCUGUGUUUCAAAUACAAGACGAUGUCAGCACAAUGACAAAACCCAACUGAACUGACAUGUCUAACAUAAAAUAACAUGAAAAACCUGCAACUGUCAGUAACUAUGAAAGUUCAGCUGUAAAGAAAAAAUGAAUUUUUCUGACAUAAGUGACAUAAUGACAUAAAAAAAACAAUAAAAAUUUGUUUGUUAAAAGAUAUCUCGUCUAAAUUUCAGAAGUUUUCAUGACAAAAAGUGUUUUCAUUAAUGUUGAAUAUCUACAAUACAAUUUGUAUCAUUUUGUUUGUUGUUUCUUGUAGGUGAUGGUUGUUGUUGUUGUUGAUGAUGAUAAUAUAAUUCAUGUUUUUACUCAUGUAAAUAUCCUCCAUUAAACAUUAAUAGCCAAAUAAUACAGAGAUGUCACGUAAAAUCAA